UAGAGUUUAUUGGCAUGGGAGUCUCUAUAUAAACAACAGGAUUAGAAUGAGACAAAUCCUGAUUUUUUGGAGUCUCAGGCUAUCUUGCCAUGCCUCUGAGUGGGGAUACUUUGGAGAGAACGAUCCAACCCAUUGGAGUGAAAGUGACGCAGAAUGUGGAGGUUUGAAACAAUCCCCCAUCGACAUAGUAACACAGGAUAUUGUUUACGCAAAGUUGAGUGAUGUGGUUUUCCAUAACUUUUCAGGAUCAACUCAGGAACCAGUAAAAGUGUCAAACAAUGGGCAUACACUGCAGAUACAAUUCUUAUCUCCUGCUUCCUAUAUAACUGCUUCACAUUAUCAGGAAUUGUAUUAUCUAAAACAAGUUCAUUUUCAUUGGGGAUCUUCAGACUUGAUGGGUUCAGAACAUACUAUAAAUGGGCAGAGGUUUAGUAUGGAGAUGCAUGCUGUACAUAUUCAACCUGAAAGAGGAACAAUAGUUGUCAUCUCGAAAAUAUUUAAAGCUGUCCAGGCUCGGCAUGGAACUUUAGAUGAUCUUCUAAGAAAUGUUAUAGAUCUUGCAAUUGCUUAUGUGCCAUACAAGGAUUCCUAUGAUACUACUCUAGAUCUAUCCAGUCAUAAUAUUGAAACUUUUCUUGGGAUAGGUCCUGAAAAUUUGAUGAGAAAUUACUGUUCAUAUCAGGGAUCAUUAACAACUCCACCUUGUUCAGAGAUAGUUACCUGGUUACUUGAUUUCGAGAUUGGGUCAAUUUCAGAGAACAAGUUGAAUGAGCUGAGAAGUUUGCAUAUUGAAAGUGCAGAUAAUUUACUAGUGAACAACUUCAGAGACACACAACCCUUGAAUGGAAGAAAGACUGAUAAGUGCUCUGGCAUUAGUUCCAUCAGAAGAUCCAGUCUGACUGCUCCAUCCUGGCUGCUCCAGUCUGACUGCUCCAUUCUGGUUCAAUUCUUCUCUUCCCUGCUUUCUUCAUCUCUGUGGACUCAAAUAAACUACUACAACCUAUGAUAUAUCUUCUGUUCUCCUGUUUUUCCAUGUUCCAAUAAAUCUUUGAAUUCGCCCCAA